CAGGCUCGCGGGCGGCAGGCCCGGGUGAGUGCACACCCGGCGCGCGGCCGGGCUCCCGGAUGUGUUACCUUGUCCCGCUGCAGCCGAGAUGCCAGGGGAGCGGGGCCUUCCACACCCCUCCGUGUGUGCGUGACUUGUGCAUCACGGACAAUUUUGCUGAGGGAGAUUUCACUAUGGCGGAUUAUGCCUUGUUAGAAGAUUGCCCUUACGUGGACGAUUGUGUCUUUGCUGCUGAAUUUAUGACCGAUGAUUAUGUUCGUGUGACUCAGCUUUACUGUGAUGGGGUGGGUAAGCAAUAUAAAGAUUAUGUCCAAAGUGAGAGGAAUUUAGAAUUUGACAUCUGCAGUAUAUGGUGUAGUAAACCAAUUUCUGUCCUGCAAGAUUAUUGUGAUGCCAUUAAAAUAAACAUCUUCUGGCCACUUCUGUUUCAACAUCAAAACAGUUCUGUAAUAUCACGAUUGCAUCCCUGUGUGGACGCCAACAAUUCACGUGCUUCCGAGAUAAAUUUGAAGAGAUUACAACAUCUUGAGUUGAUGGAAGAUAUUGUGGAUUUGGCAAAGAAAGUUGCUAAUGAUUCACUCCUUAUUGGAGGCUUAUUGAGAAUUGGUUAUAAAAUAGAAAAUAAAAUCUUGGCAAUGGAAGAAGCUCUGAAUUGGAUAAAAUAUGCAGGCGAUGUAACAAUUCUAACUAAAUUAGGAUCAAUUGACAAUUGUUGGCCUAUGUUAAGUAUUUUCUUUACUGAAUACAAGUACCACAUAACUAAAAUUGUAAUGGAAGACUGCAAUUUGCUUGAAGAACUUAAAACCCAAAGUUGUAUGGAUUGUAUAGAGCAAGGAGAACUAAUGAAAAUGAAAGGAAAUGAAGAGUUUUCCAAAGAAAGAUUUGAUAUAGCUAUUAUCUAUUACACCAGAGCCAUUGAAUAUAGACCUGAAAACCACCUUCUUUAUGGUAACCGAGCUCUCUGUUUUCUUCGUACUGGACAGUUUAGAAAUGCACUCGGUGAUGGAAAGAGAGCCACUAUUCUGAAGAACACUUGGCCAAAGGGUCAUUAUCGUUAUUGUGAUGCUCUUUCUAUGCUGGGGGAAUAUAACUGGGCCCUGCAAGCAAACAUAACAGCUCAAAAACUCUGUAAAAAUGACCCUGAGGGAAUCAAGGAUCUAAUUCAGCAGCAUGUAAAGUUACAAAAACAAAUAGAAGACCUACAAGGUCGAACAGCAAAUAAGAAUCCAAUUAAAGCCUUUUAUGAAAACAGGGCUUACACACCUAGGAGUUUAUCAGCACCUGUAUUUAGUACUUCACUUAACUUUGUGGAGAAGGAAAGAGAUUUCAGAAAAAUUAAUCACGAAAUGGCUAACGGUGGUAAUCAGAAUCUAAAGGUGAUGGAUGAGGCAUUGAUGGUAGAUGAUUGUGACUGUCAUCCUGAAUUUUCACCACCAUCAAGUCAGCCUCCGAAACAUAAAGGAAAACAAAAAUCUCGAAACAAUGAAUCAGAAAAGUUCAGUUCUAGUUCACAAUUGACUUUACCAGCAGAUUUGAAGAACAUCUUGGAGAAACAGUUUUCUAAAUCUUCCAGAGGUGCACACCAGGAUUUUGCUAAUAUAAUGACAAUGCUGAGAAGCUUAAUUCAAGACGGCUAUACAGCCUUAUUGGAGCAGCGUUGCCGCAGUGCCGCACAUGCCUUUACAGAGUUGCUGAAUGGUUUAGAUCCUCAAAAAAUAAAGCAAUUGAACCUGGCCAUGAUUAACUAUGUCUUGGUUGUCUAUGGACUUGCCAUUUCACUCCUUGGAAUAGGACAGCCUGAAGAACUAUCUGAAGCUGAAAACCAGUUUAAGAGGAUUAUUGAACACUACCACAAUGAGGGACUUGAUUGCUUGGCCUACUGUGGAAUUGGAAAAGUAUAUUUGAAAAAAAACAGAUUUCUAGAAGCUCUCAAUCACUUUGAGAAAGCAAGAACCUUGAUUUAUCGUCUUCCUGGAGUGUUAACUUGGCCCACAAGUAAUGUGAUUAUUGAAGAGUCUCAGCCAGAAAAAAUAAAGAUGCUGUUAGAGAAAUUUGUUGAAGAAUGCAAGUUCCCUCCAGUGCCAGAUGCCAUUUGUUGCUAUCAGAAGUGCUGUGGAUAUUCUAAGAUGCAGAUAUACAUAACUGAUCCAGACUUUAAGGGUUUUAUACGCAUCAGCUGUUGCCAGUACUGUAAAAUAGAAUUUCACAUGAAUUGCUGGAAGAAGUUAAAAACUACAACCUUUAAUGAUAAAAUUGACAAGGAUUUUCUACAAGGAAUAUGUCUUACCCCUGACUGUCAAGGUGUCAUUUCUAAGAUUAUCAUCUUCAGCAGUGGUGGUCAAGUUAAAUGUGAAUUUGAACACAAGGUCAUAAAAGAAAAGGUUCCUCCAAGACCUAUUCUGAAACAGAAAUGUUCUAGCCUAGAGAAACUAAGACUGAAAGAAGACAAAAAAUUGAAGAGAAAGAUCCAAAAAAAAGAAGCAAAAAAAUUAGCACAAGAAAGAAUGGAGGAGGACUUAAGAGAAAGUAAUCCACCCAAAAACGAAGAGCAGAAAGAAACUGUAGACAAUGUUCAGCAUUGUCAGUUCCUUGAUGACAGAAUUCUACAGUGUAUAAAGCAGUAUGCUGACAAGAUUAAAUCCGGCAUAUGGAAUACAGCCACGCUUCUCAAAGAAUUGCUUUCUUGGAAAGUUUUGAGCACAGAGAACUAUACAACCUGUUUUUCAAGCAGAAAUUUUCUAAAUGAAGCAGUGGACUAUGUUAUUCAUCACUUGAUUCAAGAAAAGAACAGAGUAAAGACAAGAAUAUUUCUGCAUGUUUUGAGUGAGCUUAAAGAAGUGGAGCCCAAAUUAGCCGCCUGGAUCCAAAAACUUAAUAGCUUUGGCUUAGAUGCCACAGGACCUUUCUUUUCUCGCUAUGAAGCAUCUCUUAAACAGCUUGAUUUUAGCAUCAUGACUUUCCUCUGGAAUGAGAAAUAUGGUCACAAACUAGACUCUAUAGAAGGAAAGCAACUUGAUUAUUUCUUUGAGCCAACAUCAUCGAAGGAAGCCCGCUGUUUAAUAUGGCUGCUAGAAGAACACAGAGACAAGUUCCCAGCAUUACAUAGUGCUUUAGAUGAAUUCUUUGAUAUAAUGGACAGCCGCUGUACUGUGUUAAGGAAACAAGACAGUGGCGAAGCACCGUUUAGUUCUACCAAGGUGAAAAACAAAGGCAAGAAAAAGAAACCAAAGGAUUCAAAGCCUAUGUUAGUUGGGUCUGGAACAACUUCAGUAACUCCAAAUAAUGAGAUCAUCACUUCAAGUGAAGACCAUAGCAAUCAAAAUUCAGAUACUGCAGGCCCAUUUGCAGUGCCUGACCAUCUUCGGCAAGACGUAGAAGAAUUUGAAGCUCUCUAUGACCAACACAGUAAUGAAUAUGUUGUCCGCAAUAAGAAGCUAUGGGACAUGAACCCAAAACAAAAAUGUUCAACUCUAUAUGAUUACUUCUCUCAGUUGUUGGAGGAACAUGGUCCCUUGGACAUGAGUCACAAGAUGUUCUCUGAAGAAUAUGAGUUUUUCCCAGAAGAAACUCGACCAAUACUAGAAAAAGCAGGAGGUUUAAAAUCUUUUCUCUUGGGAUGUCCCCGUUUUGUUGUGAUUGACAACUGUAUUGCAUUGAAGAAAGUUGCAUCACGGCUCAAGAAAAAAAGAAAGAAGAAAAACAUUAAAACAAAAGUAGAAGACAUUUCAAAAGCAGGAGAGUAUUUACAAGUUAAACUACCACUUAAUUCAGCUGCUAGGGAAUUUAAACCAGAUGUAAAGUCUAAACCAGUAUCAGGUUCAUCUUCAGCACCAGGUUCUGAAGAUGUGAAACCCAAACCUUUGUCUGCAAAUUCUCCCAAGCCAGCUUGUGAAGUUGUGAAGGCCAAACCAGUAUCCGAUAAUUCUUCUAGACAAGUUUCUGAGGAUGGGAAACCCAAAGGGGUCUCUUCUAAUUCUCCCAAACCAGGCUCUGAGGAUGCAAAUUACAAGCGAGUCUCCUCUAAUUCUCCCAAACCGGUUCUUGAGGAUGUGAAACCAACUUAUUGGGCUCAACCCCAUUUGGUCACAGGAUACUGUACGUAUCUUCCUUUCCAGAGAUUUGAUAACACCCGGACAUCGCCAGCAUACAUAAAUGUGUUACCAGGUUUGCCCCAGUACACCAGCAUAUAUACACCCUUGGUCAGCCUUUCUCCUGAAUAUCAGCUACCAAGAUCAGUACCAGUGGUGCCGUCUUUUGUAGCCAAUGACAGAGCAGAUAAAAAUGCUACUGCCUAUUUUGAGGGUCAUCAUUUGAAUGCUGAGAAUGCUGCUGGUCACCAGAUUGCCUCCGAAACACAGAUCCUUGAGGAUUCUUCGUUAAUAUCUGUAAAGUCACAGUGCAGCACAGGUGAUGCUCAUACAGUCCUGAGUGAGUCUAACAGAAAAGAUGGGCACUGUGGAAAUUCUAACAACAAAUGUGAAGUAAUUCCAGAAAGCACCAGUGCAGUAACAAACAUUCCACAGGUGCAGAUGGUUGCCAUACAGGUAUCUUGGAACAUAACACACCAAGAAGUCAAUACUGAGCCAUAUAAUCCUUCUGAGAAACAACAAGGGGAAAUUUCACGGAUUGAAAAGGAGUACCAAGUAUUACAAGACCAACUUAAAGAAGCGUAUGAAAAUUAUGAGCAGAUGAAACUUAAGGGCUUAGAAGAGACCAGGGACCUGGAAGAAAAGUUGAAACGGCACUUAGAAGAAAACAAGAUAUCAAAGACAGAAUUAGAUUGGUUGCUUCAAGAUUUGGAAAGAGAAAUUAAAAAAUGGCAAGAGGAAAAAAAAGAAAUCCAAAAAACACUAAAAUCACUGAAGAAGAAAAUUAAAAAGGUUUCAAAUGCCAAUGAAAUGUAUACCCAGAAAAAUGAUGGAAAGGAUAAGGAACAUGAAUUACAUCUGGAUCAGUCCCUUGAAAUCAGCAACACACUUACAAACGAGAAAACGAAAAUAAAAGAGUGUAUAAAGAAAGGGAAAAAGGAUUAUGAAGAGAGUCAUCAGAGAGCUGUGGCUGCAGAAGUAUCCGUACUUGAAAACUGGAAGGAGAGUGAAGUGUAUAAGCUACAGAUCAUGCAGUCACAAGCAGAAGCCUAUCUGAAGAAGCUGGAGCUGAUUAGCCAUGAUCCUGCAGCAUAUCCUGAUAUGGAGUCUGAUAUAUGUUCAUGGGAAUUGUUUCUUUCUAAUGUUACAAAAGAAACUGAGAAAGCAAAGUCUCAGUUUGAAGAACAAAUUAAGGCAAUUAAAAAUGGUUCUCGGCUCAGUGAACUUUCUAAAGUGCAGAUUUCCGAGCUUUCAUUUCCUGCCUGUAACACGGUUCAUCCUGAGUUACUCCCUGAGUCUUCAGGCCAUGAUGACCAAGGAUUUAUGACUUCUGCAAGCGAUGUGACUGGAAACCAAGCAGCACUUCACAGGGAUCCCAGUGUGUUCUCUGCCGGCGAUUCCCCAGGGGAGGCUCCUUCUGCACUGUUGCCAGGGCCACCCCCCUCUCAGCCUGAAGCCACUCAGCUGCCAGGGCCAAAAGGGGCUGGCCAGGCAGCUCUGUCAGAGCAAAGCCCUGCGGCUGAUCAGAAGCAGCCUGUUCCUCCAGGAUGUGCUGCAUGUUCAAGCCAGUCUCCAAAAAAGCCAUUCAAUAGUAUUAUUGAGCACCUGUCAGUGGUAUUCCCAUGUUACAACAGCACUGAGCUUGCUGGUUUUAUUAAAAAAGUGAGAAGCAAAAACAAGAACUCACUUUCAGGAUUGAGUAUUGAUGAAAUUGUCCAAAGAGUGACAGAACACAUUCUAGAUGAACAGAAAAAGAAAAAGCCAAACCCAGGAAAGGACAAGAGAACUUAUGAGCCCAGCUCUGCCGCCCACGUGACCAGGUCCUCCCAGGGCCCACCCUUGGCGGUUGUUGCACCAUCACCCAAAACCAAGGGGCAGAAAGCAGAAGAUGUCCCUGUGAGGGUUGCACCGGGUGCAAGUUCCUGUGAAAUAUGUCACGAGGUGUUCAAAUCAAAAAACGUGCGUGUGCUCAAAUGUGGGCACAAGUAUCACAAAGGGUGUUUUAAGCAGUGGCUUAAAGGGCAGAGUGCUUGCCCAGCCUGCCAGACUUGUGAUCUCCUGUCAGAAGAGUAGCCUGCACCUUCUGGAAGAGGCUGGCCCAGUGAGAAUCGGGAGCCGCCUUCCUGCUCCUCUAGGUAGUCACACUUCACUAAAGCGUCAUCCACCAGCGUGUUGAAUCGGAAGAAUGACAAUUUCCUACCAUUGGUGUAAAAAGCAAACAUCUGAAGACCCUUGUGCAUUGUGUGUUACAAAGCUAAAUCCAUGGAAAUCGUUAAUAUCAUUGAUAUUAAGUAAUUUCCCCACUCUGAGUGAAUACUUUGAUGAUGGCCAAGCAGUGGCUAACAAAAUGAUGGCUACCACACUCAUGGGUCGCUGGGGCUAUGCAGGGCUCUUUGAGGUGGGUAGUUUCUUUUGGAAAGUACUGUGAGCGCCUCAAAGCAGUAUUCUAGUGAUAAGAAUUCUUAACAUAUUCGGCCGGGCGCGGUGGCUCACGCCUGUAAUCCCAGUACUUUGGGAGGCUGAGGCGGGCAGAUCACCUGAGGUCAGGAGUUCGAGACCAGCCUCAACAUGGAGAAACCCCGUCUCUAUUAAAAACACAAAAUUAGCCAGGCGUGGUGGUGCAUGCCCGUAAUCCCAGCUACUCGGGAGGCUGAGGCAGGAGAAUUGCUUGAACCUCGGAGGCGGAGGUUGUGGUGAGCCGAGAUUGCGCCAUUGCACGCCAGCCUGGGCAACAAGAGCGAAACUCUGUCUCAAAAAAAAAAGAAUUUUUAACAUAUUCAAGCGCCCCAUGUUUGUUCCCCUUUUGUGUUUGAAAAACCUGUUCAGUAGCUCCGCAAGAGAGAUGAUACUGACUUUUAAAAUUUUUUACAAGAGUCUGUAUUCCUGAAAAUAUGCCUAUAUUUUUCCUCAAAGAUUCUGCAUUUUAAGAAUGGGCAUAAGCAAACUACAUUUUAAUAAUUUAUAGUUAAUGUUAAAAUAUUGGCUGAUUGAGACCAAAAGAUUCAAAUCUCCUCUUUGUGAAAUCCCAGCUGCAUUUCAUUUUUUAUUAUUUUAUGUUCCCCUCAAUAGAUUGUUUUAAGUGUUUACUUUUCAUCUUUUAUAGAUGUAAUCUGAUUUUCAAAAAUCGUUAACAGUUUUUAAUUAGUAUUGACUAAGACUUUUUCCCCCUGGAAUCGAGGCUGUGUGUCCAUCAUCCCAGCCCCCGGUUGGAGACUGCUCUUUGAACUCUGCUGCCCUCCUCAGCAGCUUUUGUCCUCUUCUGUGAGUCAGUCAGCAAGUUCUUGGGAUCCGCAUCCAGCCGUGCUGAGCACACAACAGGCUGUGUAUGGAAAUGGCCACCAUCAUUCUCCUUCCCGACCCCACCACAAAAAGAGAAGCUGUGUCUUUAGACAACCCUGAGCUGUCUGUGUUACAAUCAUUCUGUGUUUGACAUUUGUGUAAAGUAAUGCAUGCAAUCUUGUACUGUGGCCUAAGAACAAAACUGUAACUGCAUUUGAAACCAUGAAAAAAUUAGAUAUUGUUUUGUGACUUUUAGACAGUGAUAAAUGUAGAACCAUGAAUUCUGGACACAUUCCAUUUCUCUCCAACAUGAAGGAUCAAAAAAUGUUUUUCAAUGUGUUCUUUGUUCCACUGUAAACUUAGAGUCAUGAGAUUAUGAGCUGAUUUGGUCACCUUCCUCUGCCUUUGUUCACCGUGAGUUCUGAUGUCUUAGUGACUUAGUUCAAAGAAGCUUAUGUCUUAGUUUGAAACAGGUUCUCCACGGUGGCCCCCAAAACAUUGUCUGCAUAUCCAUAAGAAUUGAGCGCUAUGGGUGUCAACAUGCAGAAAGAUCAGUUUGCAGCAGCAAGUACAAAAGGAGAAGAGGAAUAUCUGUCGAAUGAGUGUGUUUUGUACAUAACUUCAGAUACUUGUGAACAUGCCUUAUAUUUGUCCAACAACUGUCAGAAUAAAGAACAUUCUAAAACGAGCAAAAAAAAAAAAAAGAAAGAAAGAAAAAAGAAAGAGUUAAAAGCAAAAGGUGAUAAGUUACCAGAGGUGCCCUGUAAAGAACUUGGCUGAUGUGUGCAAAGGACCAGAAGGUUUACAAUGAUUACUUUAAUAAAAAUAUUGGGAACAAUUGAGGUUGGGAAAAUCAUGGAAACUGGUUCAGAUUGAGGAGACUUAGAGUCAGCCAGAAAAAUGAUGACCACAGAAAAGAAGAGACAUAAUGCAGGAAGGACUCUGCAAGGAUUAGCUGAAUAUAGAUAUCUGGAGGGGUGGGGAUAGCUGGAAGAAGGCCCUAUGUGGAUAACUGCAAGAGGGUUGGGGCUGUUAACAGAGAAUGAAAAGGGUAAAAGAGAGAGGAGGAAGAAAAAGAGAGGAAGAAGGUAAAAUAGAGAGAAAAAAAGAUUAAGACAAAGACAAAGAUAAUGAUGAAGAAGAAAUAAAGGAUAAGGAGAAAGGAGAAGGAGAUGGAGGUGAAUGAAGAAAGAAGAGAAAUGAAGGGCAGGAAAGUAGACAGAACCUUGUCCGUCACUGUGAUACUUGUUUGAAAAAUACCAGACACACAGCACAGUCUACUUUCACAGCAGCUAGGGCUAAUCUACAGCUGUAUAUGUGUGUGCACACACAUAUGCACACUUCCAUAGAAACAUGGUUGACACCCUGGAUGUUACUUCUGUAGUUGAAAAAAGACCCCUUCCCUCCAUCCCUUGAUCCCUACUUCUGCUCCAGUUAUAGCCUCUUUCUAGAAAUCUUUCUAGGUUUCUGGCCUAUCCUCCUCCUGGUGGGCAGUACUGUUCCUUUUGCACACAAAGCAGAGCCAUCGUGGAAAGGCAGUUCUGGAGAGCCCCAUGAACAGGUGUGCAAACCAGGACCAGACAGAUCUGGAAAAAGCAGACAGCUAGAGGUUGGUGCAAGGGGUACAGGCAGGUAAGCAGGGAUGAUCCACCAGACCAAAGGCAGGAGCUGCCUUCCCCUUUUUACUUCAGCAUGGCUCAAUAGCCUCACUCUUCAAAACCAGAAACAAAUUGUCCAUUUCAGGCCUUUCUUUUGGGAGGUAUGAUAAGAAAACAGCCAAGACCAUGGUGACAGGAGAUCCUCUUUCUCUCUAACUUGCAAAUAGGGAAGAGAUAGACAUGGUCCAUAUGAGGCAGGACAAUAUGUUUAAGUGAGAACUUAUGAGAAACCGUCCCACAUUGCCUUUAAAAUUCUGACAAAAAGUUGUCCCAUAGGUCUCUGUGUUCACAUGUGAUAGUCUACCUUUCUCUUGGGAGGCCCUUGGGGGCCUUCAGUUGUCUGUAAAUCAGAGUUUUGGAGAACAUCGGCUACUCUUAGAAAAGUCAGUGAGGUUUUGGUGCACUGAGUGUUCAUUCAUGAAGGACGGUUUGCUCUCACAAUCUGGACCUUAAUCUCCUGAUUCUGGUUCCUAGGAAGGCAUGGAGGAAACUCUCCUGCAGGCAUCCCCAGUGGGGUAUCUGCUCUAUCUAUUUCAAGAGUGAGGCCAAUGGAAGGUUUUCUCUCAUGCAGGGUGUAGAGUUGGAAGACCACACAGGGGCAGGUGUCAGAUCAUCUUGUAAGAAAACAAGCUUCUCCCUUGUCACCUGGAGAAACUUGCAAAUCAAUUUGCCAUCUAUUAAUUUGCCAUCACACUUCACAUAAAAAAAGCAUCUUCUGUGGGUUAAUAGGGCAUCAGUGGGCAUCAUUAGAGAGAAGUUGGGUGUGUGAGUAGCACUCAUGAACCCAGGACUAUCUCUGCAUAGAACACAAGAAGUAAUUUGUUAGCAAAACCUUUUGCAGCAUCUUGUAACAGAGAGCAAUGAUAGUGCAAGAUGGAAAAUCCAGGAAAAGCAGUUUCACAUGGUUCAGAGACAAGCACAAAGAAAAUUAACACAGGAGUAGCAUUCAGCACAUUUAAAGAAAAAAAAUGAACUAUGUGGCUCUAAGGUAAUCAAACCUAUAUCAUCUGAGAAGCUACUUGCCCAUUAGCUACUUAGCAGCCUUCUUGGUUAUCAAAUCAACAGAUCAAAAAAAGAUGAACUUCCAGUUCCAAAAUGGCAGGAUAGAAGCAAGCUGGCUUCACUCACCCUCCCUCCCUGAGAAAACCUAAAUCAAACGUACAGUGUUGAGAUUGUCACCAGCAAUAUCUGAGAACUCAAAUAUGAAGGUUAGGCAGUUCCAGGGGCACAGAGAAGCAAAAAAAAAAAAAAAAUCUAAGCAGACAGAGAUUUGGAUUUCUAUGUCUGCAACACAUCAACCACAAUCUGCCCUGCACCAAUGAUGCAGAAAAAUUUGCCCAGACUUAUGUGUUCUACACUGGAAUACCUGAGAUUGAGGCAGACAACCAGCUUCUCCACCAUCUUGAGUUCUUGGCAGGAGAAUCGUCCCUGCCUUAACCCACAGGAUGCAUCAUGAGUGCCCAUAAAAAGAAAUCUCCCUGAGGACAGCCAGGCACAAAGGGUGGAAGUGGGACAUUAUCACCCACAGCCCUGAGAACUCUGCUGUGUUACUCAGACAAAAAGGACACCAUUCAGAGUGGCUAUUCAGCAGCACUAUGCUGUAAGUGGUUCAUUCCACAGGCCCACUCGGCACAACCCCCAGCCAGCCUUCCCACACUAUCAAGUUAUCCCAUUUAGAACCUCCACCACUGGGGAUGAGCAGUGCUGGGAUCUGUUAUGAAAGCUUAGGCAAACCUGGGCUUAAGGCAUCAUGUAGUGCCAAAAAGGAGGUAGUAACCCAGUGGUGGGGUGGGGGAGGGGCAGGUGUACAGAGAAAGAAAUUGAAAAACUAAAACGAAUCUCUAGCAAACAAAUGCAAUAAAAACCAAAACAAGCCAGACAGAGACGACUGGCAUAAAUAACUAAUCUAUCAAUGCAAAGAAAUAAACGUACAUUCACAGGAAACAAAAGAAAACAGGGAACUGUGACCUCCACAGUCAAAGCAAGGAUCUGGUGACUGACCUUAAUGUGAGCUCUCCAACCAAAAAUUCAAAAUAGCAGUUUGAAGGAAACUCGAUAAUCUUCAAGAUAAUACAGAAAAGCAAUUCAGAAACUUAGGAGAAAAAUUUGACAAAGAAAUUGAAAUCAUUUUUUAAAAAUCAAAUAAAUUGUUGAACUACGGAAUGCAUUUGCUGACCUGAAAAAUUCACUAGAGGUUCUUAACCGCAGAAUGGAUCAUGCAGAGAAAGAAAUCAGUGAGCUAAAACCACCUAUUUGAAAAUACAGUCUGAGGAAAAAAAAGUAAUUAAAAAAUGAAGGUGUGCUGCUGUCAUGGAAAGGAACGGAAAAAGUGAGUAAAUACAGCACCUUUAACUGAAAUAUCCAGGUACAUGCAUUGGAACUAAUCAAGGAAAUAACUCAACUCACGAAGAACAGAGAAAUGUAAGGCAGGCCAAUUCUCCACCUGGGAGUGACACAGAGCCAGGAGAACCUCCCCUGCCUAGGGAAGCAGUGAGUGAGUGAGAAACCCUGGGAACCCACGCUUCUUUGCAACUUCUAGUUCAGGAGAUUCCCUAAUGAACCCACUCCGCCAGGGCCUUCAGUCAUAGCUAUGUGGAAUCUUGGCAGAGCAGCCACUCAGGCACAUGCAGAGCCCCAAGAACCUUAGAUACCCAUGCUUCCCAGCAAAAGCAACUUAACUCUGGCAUAGACCCCCAUACAUAUAUACCCUUAGAAAAGGGGUUGAAUCCAGGGGGCUGAGCAGAGAUUUUCUGCAGGUCCUGUUUUCAUGGCACCUCACAGGAUAAAACCCAUUGGCUUGGAACCCCAGCCAGCCACCACCCUGAGCUCACAAAGGGCACUAUCAUGGCUGGGCCAAAAUGAUUGCUGAUGAUAAGCCAGACGCAAUGGUAUGCGGGACCUACCAUCACUGUUAGGUGGGACCAGGCACUGUAUCUCUGCAGGGCCAUCACCCGGAAUAUUUCAGUCCACUAUGUGCAUUUUUCUGAGCCAGACAGAUUUGCGCCAGUUUUACACCUCCCUGAGACACAUCUCCCAGGGGGAGGAGUGGGAAACCAUCUUUGCUGCUUCACAGCCUUAGCGAGUGCCUUAGGGCUCUAGGGAGUCUGAGUCAAAUAGGGACUGGAGCGAUCCUCUGGCACAGCCAAGAGGCUAAAUAGAGAAGCAGUCAGACUGCUUAUUCACGUAGGUCUCAAAUCCUGUUUCUCUCCACUGGGAAAAAUCCGUGAUUAGGGUCUCCAGUCACCCCUGCUGGUGUUAUGUGGCCAUCAGCGGUUUUAAACCUCCCUGGAAUGGAGCUCCCAGAAGGAGGAAUAGGCUGCCAUCUCUUCUGUUUGGCCACCUUAAGCCAUUCUUGCCUUCGGGCUUUGGAGCAUCUGAGACAACUGGGGGCUAGAGCAGAUCCCCAGCACAGCACAGCUACCCUAUGAAAAUGUGGCCAGACUGCUUCUUAAAAGCAGGUCUCAAAUCCCAUUCAUCCUCAAUGGGUGGGACCUCCCAAGCAGGAUUAUAGCUACCCUGGAGAUAUCUUCCAGCCAGCAGCAGUUCAAACUUCCCUGGGAUAGAGCUCCCAGAGGGAGGGGAAGGCCACCAUCUUUGCUGUUUGGCAGCCUUAGCUGUUCUUGCCUCUGAGCUUUGAAAAGUCCAAGGUCACUGGUCACUGGGAGCUAAUGCAGACCCCUAGCACAGCACAUCUGCUGUAUGAAAAUGUGACCAGAUUGCUUUUUAAAGUGGGUCCCCGAUCCUAUUCCUCUUCACUGGGGGGUCCUCCCAACAACAGUCUCCAGCUGCUCUCACCAGUGUUUUCCAGCCAACAGCAGUUCCAAACCUUCCUGGGAAGAAGCUCCCAGAGAAAAGUUUGGGCCACCAACUUUGCUGUUUGGCAGCCUUAGCUGUUCUUGCCUGUGGGCCUUGGAGAGUCCGAGGUGACUAAGGGAUUGAGUGGAUUCCUACCACGGAACAGCUGCUUUAUGAAAAAAUGGCCAGACUGCUUUUUUAAGUGGGUCCCUGAUCCUGUUCCUCUUCACUGGGUCAUAUUUCCUGAACAAGGUCUCCAGCUACUUCCUGCAGGUGCAUUCAGGCUGGCAACAGGGCCGUACCUCACUGGGAUGGAGCUCCCAGAGGAAGGAACAGGCUGCCAUCUUUACUGUUUGGCAGCCUUCACUGUUGCCACCUUCAGGUACUGGAAAAUCCAAGGUGACUGGGGACUGGAGUGGACCCCCAUUAUACUGCAGCAUUCCUAUGGAGAAGUGGACAGACACUUUGUUACAUGGGUCCCUGAUCCUGUAUCUCUUCAUUCAACUGGUCCUCCUGGCCUGGGUCUCCAGCCAACUGCCACCAGAGCUAUUGAGCCAGCAGCAAUUCUGCAACUUCCCAAGACAGAACUCCCAGUGAGAGGGACUGGUUGCCAUCUUUGUGAUCUCACAACCCUCAACCUUGCUGUCUCCAGGCUCUGAAAAUUCUUCAGGGACCAGAGGCUGGUGAAGACCCCCAGUACAGAGAAUCCACUUCAUGGAAAAAAGGCCAGACUCUUCUUUAUGCAGGUCCUGAUCCACACUUCUCCUUACUGGGAAGGAAUGCUCAAUCUGGGACUCCAGCAUAACCACCCUACCCUCACCUGAUCAGUUCGAUCAGAGGCAGCCCAGAAGUAAAAGGAACAACCACAUGCAGAGAGGAGAAAGAACUAAUGAAAGAACUCUGGCAACUCAAAUGGUCAGAGUGUCUUAUGUCCUCCAAACAACUACACUAGUUCACCAACAAAGGUUCUUAAUCAGCCUAAGUUGGCUGAAAUGACAGAAAUAAAAUUCAAAAUAUGGAUAAAAAUGAAGAUCAUUGAAAUUCAUGAGAAUGGCAAAACCUAGUCCAAGGAAACUAAGAAUCAAAAUAAGAAGAUACAGGAGGUGACAGAUUAAAUAGCCAGUAUAAAAAAGAAACUGAUCUGAUAGAGCUCAAAAACACACUACAAAAAUUGCACAAUGUAAUCACAAUUAUUAACAGCAGAAUAUACCAAGCUGAGGAAAGAAUCUCAGAACCUGAAGACUGGCUUUUGGAAAUAGGACUGUCAGACAAAAAUAAAGAAAAGGAAUGAAAAGCAAUGAAUGAACCUCUGAAAAAUAUAUGAUUAUAUAAAGAUGCCAAAUAUUAAAAUUAUUGGCAUCAUAGAAAGGGGUGAGUAGAAAGGAAACAACUUAGAAAACAUAUUUCAAGAUAUCAUCCAUGAGAAUUUCCCCAACUUCGCUAGAGAGACCAAUAGUAAAAUUCAGGAAAUACAGAGAACCCCUGCAAGAUUUUAUGCAAAAAGAUAAUCUCCAAGACACAGAGUCAUCAAAUUUUCCAAGGUUGAAAUGAAAGAAGUAAUGUUAAAGGCAGCUAGAAGUAAAGGCCAAGUCACCUACAAAGGGAACCUCAUUGAGCUAACAGUGGACCUCUCAGCAGAAAUUCUACAAGCCAGAAGAGAUUGGGAGCCUAUAUUACAUUCUUAAAGAAAAAUGUUUCAACCAAGAAUUUUAUAACCAGUCAAACUAAGCUUCCUCAGCAAAGCAGAAAUGAUAUCCUUUUCAGAUAAGCAAACACUCAGAGAGUUUGUUAUCAUCAGCCCUGCCAGACGAGAGAUCAUGAAAGGAGCACUAAAUAUGAAAAGGAGACCAUUACCAUCCAAUACUAAAACAUACUUAAGUACACCAACCAGUGACACUCUACAGCAACCACACAAAUAAGUCAGCACAAUAACCAGCUAAAAACACAAUGACAGUAUCAAAUCCACACAUAUAAAUACUAACUUUGAAUGUAAAUGGGCUAAGUGCCCCAUUUAAGAGGCACAGAGUGGAAAUCUGUGUAAUAAAAGCAAGACUUAAUGUUAUGCUCUUCAAAACACCCAUCGCACAUGCAGUGACACUUAUAGGCUCAAAAUACAGGGAUGGAGGAAAAUCUACCAAGCAAAUGGGUAACAGAAAAAAUCAGGGGUUGUAAUCCAAAUUUCAGACAAAGCAGACUUUAAACCAACAAAGAUCAAAAAAGACAAAAAGGGGCAUUAUAUAAUGAUAAAACGUUCAAUUUAACAUGAAAACCUAACAAUCCUAAAUAUAUAUGCAGCAAACACAGGAGUACCCAGAUUGAUAAGGCAAGUUCUCGGAGACCUAUGAAGAGACUUAGAUUCCCACAUAAUAAUUGGCAGAGACUUCAAAAUUCCACUGACAGUAUUAGAUCAUCAAGGCAGAAAAUUAACAAAGGUAUUUAGGACCUCAGCUCAACAUUGGACCACAUGGAUUUGAUAAACCUCUGUAGAACUCUCCACCCCUAAAACAAGAAAAUAUACAUUAUUCUCAUUGCCACAUGGCAUAUACUCUAAAAUCAACCACACCAUUGGACAUAAAACACCCCUCAGCAAAAGUAGAAGAACUAAAAUCAUACCAACCACUCUCUCUGAUCACAGUGCAAUAAAAAUAGAAAAGAAAACAAAAAAUCGCUCAGAACUAUACAAUUAUAUCAAAAUUAACCUGCUCCUGAAUGAUUUUGGGGUAAAUAAUGAAAUUGAGGCAUAAACCAAGAAGCUCUUUAAAACUAAUGAGAACAUAGAACACACCAGAAUCUCUGGGACACAAGUAAUGCAGUGUAAGAGAAAAAAAAAGUGCUAAAUGCUCAUUUCAAAAAGUUAGAAAGAUCUCAAAUUAAUGACCAAACAUCAGAACAACAACAACAACAACAAAAACUAAAGGUGCAAACCAAUCCUAAAGCUAUCUGAGGAUAAGAAAUAACCAAAAUCAGAGCUAAAUGAAAGAAAAUCAAGACUCUCCAAAUUUUAAAAAAAUCAGUGAAUGCAGGAGUUGAUUUCUUGAAAAAAAAUAAUGCAAUAGACAGGCUUCUAGCUAGACUAAUAAAACAGAAAAGAGAGAAUUUCCAAAUAAACACAACCAGAAAUGACAAAGGGGAUUUGACCAUUGAUCCUGUAGAAAUACAAUUAAUCAUCAGAGACUACUAAGAACACCUCUGUGCACACAAAUUAGAAAACCUAGAAGAUACGGAUAAAUUCCUGGCUACAGCCAUGCUCCAAGCAUAAGCCAAUGAGAAAUUGAAUCCCUGAUCAGACCAGUAGUGGGACCUGAAAUCGAAUCAGUAAUAAAUAGCCUACAAACCACAAAAAAGCCCAGGACCAGAUGGAUUCACAGCCAAAUUCUACAAGAUAACAAAAAAGAGCUGGUACAUUUUCUACUGAAUAUAUUCCCUCAAAAAAUGAGGAGGAGGGACUACUCCCCAACUCAUUCUAUAAAGCCAUCAUCAUCCUCAUACCAAAACCUGGCAGAGAGACACAUACACAAAAACCUCAGGCCAAUAUUCUUGAUGAACAUUUAUGUAAAAAUCUUCAACAAAAUUCUUGCAAACAAAAUCCAGCAACACAUCAAAAAGCUAAUCCACUACGACCAACUUGGGAUUUAAUCCUGGGAUGCAACAUUGGUUUCACAUACAAAAAUCAAUACAUGUGAUUCAUCAUAUAAACAGAAUGAAAGACAAAAAACACAUGAUUAUCUCAAUAGAUGCAGGAAAAACUUUGGAUAAAAUUCAACAGCCCUUCAUGUUAAAAACGCUCAAUAGCUAAGGUAUUGAAGGAACAUACCUCAAAAUAAUAAGAGCUAUUUAUGACAGACCCACCAUGAUUGUGAGUUUCCUGUAGCCUCUCCAGAAGCUGAGCAGAUAGUCAGCAUAAUGCUUCCCAUACAGCCUGCAGAACCAUGAGCCCAUUAAAUCUAUAUUCUUUAAAAAUUGCCCAGUCUCAGGCAUUUCAUUAUAGCAAUAUGAGAAUGGACUAAUACAGAAAAUUGGUAAUGAGGGGUGGGGCAUUCCUAUAAAGAUACCUGGAAACGUUGAAGCAGCUUUGGAAUUGGAUAACAGGCAGAGUUAAAAAGAGUGGAAUGCUCAGAAGAGGACAGGAAGAUGAGGGAAAAUUUGGAACUUUCUAGAGACUUGUUGAAUGGCUGUGACCAAAAUGCUGAUAGUGAUAUGGACAGUAAAAGCCAGGUAAGAGAGGUCUCAGAUGGAGACAAAAAACUUAUUGGGAACUGGAAGAAAGGUAACUUUUGUUAUGCAUUACCAAAAAGGUUGGAGACAUUGUGCUCAUGCCUUAGGAAUCUGUGGAAAUUUGAACUUGAGAGUGAUAAUUUAAGGUAUCUAGUGAAAAAAAUGUCUAAGCAGCAAAGCAUUCAAGGUGUGGCCUGGCUGCUUCUAAUAACCUAUGCCCAUAUAUGUGAACAAAGAAAUGAAAUGAACAAAAGCCCAUUUUCAAGGGAAGAAUUGAGGCUGGCUACAAAAACUUGCAUAACUAAAAAGAUGGCAAAUGCUAAUAGCCAAGAAAAUGGAGAAUGGGCCUUGAAGGAAUUUCAGAGAUGUUCAUGGAAACCCCUCCUAUUACAGGCCAAAAGGCAUAGGAAGGAAGAAUUCUUUCAUGGCCAGGCUCAGGGCCCCACCAUCCUGCACAGCCUUGGGACACGGCUCCCUGUGUCCCAGCCAUUCCAGCUCCAGCUAUGGCUAAAAGGGCCCAAGAUGCAGCUCAAGACACUGCUUCUGAGGGUGCAAGCAAUAAGCCUUGGUGGUUUCCACAUGGUCUUAAGCCUGCAGGUGCACAGAGUGUAAGAGUUGAGGCUUGGGAGCCUCCACCUAGAUUUGAGAGGAUGUAUGAAAAUGCCUGAAUGUCCAGGCAGAAGCUUGCUGCAGGGAUAGAGCCCUCAUGGAAAAUCUCUACUAAGGCAGUGUGGGGGAGAAAUGUGGGGUUUGUGCCCCCACACAGAUUUUAACUGAGGCACUCCCUAGUGGAGCUAUGAGAAUAGGGACACUAUCCUCCAGAGCCCAGAAUGGUAGACCCACCGAAAGCUUGUGUCAUGCACCUGGAAAAGCUGCAGGAACUCAAUACCAGUUCAUUAAAGCAGGCAUAGAAGCUGUACCCUGCAAAGCCUCAUGGGUGGAGCUGCUCAAAGCCUUGGGAGCCCACCUCUUCAACCAGUCUGCCCUGAAUGUGGGACAUGGAGUCAAAGGAGAUUAUUGUGAAGCUUUAAGAUUUAAUGACUGCCCUGCUGGGUUCUGUGGCUGUAAAUGUUAUACUUUAACCUCCCCCCCUUACUUUUGGCCUAUUUCUUCCUUAUGGAAUGGGAGUAUUUACCCAAAGCCUGUACUCCCAUUUCAUUUUGGGAGUAACUAUCUUGUUUUUGAUUUUAGAGGCUCAUAGGCAGAAGGUACUUGCCUUGUCUCAGAUGUGACUUUAGACUGUGAACUUUUGAAUUAAUGCCGGAAUGAGUUAAGACUGUGGGGUGACUAUUGAAAAGGCAUGACUGUAUUUUAAAAUUGAGAAAGACAUAAGAUUUGGGAGGGGCCAGGGGCAGAAUAAUAUGGUUUGAAUCUCUGUCCCUGUCCAAAUCUUAUGUCAAAUUGUAAACCACAAUGUUAGAGUUGUGGCCUGGUGGAAGGCGAUUAGAUCAUGACGGUGGUUUCUAAUGGUUUAGUACCAUCCCCCAGGGCUGUUUUCAUUAUAGAGUUCUCAUGAGAUGUGUUCGUUAAAAAGUAUGUAGCUCCUUCCCCUUCUUCCUCCUGCUCCAGUUAUGUAAGAUGAUCCUGCUUCUACUUUGCCUUCCACCAUAAUUGUAAGUUUUAGGAGACCUUCCCAGAAGCUGAGGAAAUAGCCAGCAUCAUUCUUCUUGUAUAGCCUGCAGAACUGUGAGCCAAUUAAAACUCUUUUCUUUAUAAAUUA